AUGAAUCUUGUUGAAAAACAAACGCUCGCAUUUAGUCUUUUCGAUCAAAAACAAAAAAUUGGACGAGAUAUAAGUAAAGAAUCAGCGUCAUUUCUUUGGCAACAGAUGCUAACUUAUGUUCUCAAACAAAUGCCGCAAGAUCAACAAUCGAAACAGGAAAUGCUUGAGAUGUGUCGCCAUUAUUAUCGACAUAACAAACAAGAGUUGAAGAAGAUCGAUGAAUUUCAAUCGACUUAUAAGAGUGACAAAGCCAUUCAAUGGUAUACAGAUGAAUGCUUUCUCUACAAGUUAUUAAACAAAGCACUUCGAACGGAAGAUAUUGAACUGCUCUACAUCUUUCGGUUUUUUAUUAUUGAUCUAUGUGCAGCACUCGAAAAGGAAAGACUUCUUCUGAAAGGCGAAACUAUUCUCACUUUAUAUCGUGGAACUCAAAUUUCAAAUGAAGAACUCGAAAAACUUAAACAAAAUGAAGGGAAAAUCAUUUCGACUAAUGGAUUCUUGUCAACUUCUCGCAAUAUCCAUGUUUCACUUCGAUUUGCCCGACAGAGUCUUCCCGCAGUUGAUUUUCAAGCAGUUCUAUUCGAAAUUAAAGCCGAUCCAUCGUUGAAUACGGUGGUUUUUGCCGAUAUCGAGGAUAAAACUCGAGUAAAAGGCGAAGAAGAAGUUCUUUUCAGUCUUAAUGCACUCUUUAAAAUUCGAUCUGCCGACUUUGAUUUGACACUCGAUAUCUGGAAAGUAGAAUUGACUGCGACCGAUGAAGGUUCACAUAAAAUUCAAGAAUAUCUCACAUUAGCAAAACAUGAACUAGACGAUUAUGCACCAACCAUCUAUUUUGGGCGUCUUCUUCUCUAUAGCUCCGGUUAUGUCGACCGAGCUGAGAAAUAUUUUCAGAUGUUACUUAAGACACUUCCAUUUGAUCACGAAGAUACUGCAGCUGUUUAUAAUCAGAUUGGAGCUGUGCAAGAUUUAAAAGAUGAACUUGACUUAGCAUUGGAGAACUACGAAUUAGCCUAUGAGAUUCGUCAAACACGGCUACCGUCCGAUCAUCCUCACAUCGCUGCUUCACUAAACAAUAUUGGAGGAAUUUACAAAGCGAAGGGAGACCCUGAUCGGGCUAUGGAUUAUUAUAACAAGGCACUGAAUAUUCAAAAAAAGAAUUAUCCUGGUGAUCAUGUACACAAAGCCAUGACCAUGGAAAAUAUUGGCCGAGUUUAUACCGAUAAAAAUGAUUUUGAUACUGCUCUUCUACAUUUACGUCGUGCUCUAGACAUGUACGAACGUGUUUUGCCUGCUCAGCAUCCAGAUAUUGCUCGAUGUCUUGGUAAUAUUGGAGUUGUUCACGAGAAGAAAGGUAACUUUGAUAGUGCGCUUGAUUAUUAUCAUCAACAACUAGAAAUGGAUGAACAAUGCUUACCGAUAGAUCAUCCUGAUCGCUGGAAACAUCUUGACUGGAUUGUUGAUACUUAUAAAAAAGUGGGUGAAAUUGAAAAGGCAUUGAAUCUCUGUCGAAAGCAGCUCAAUAUCCAGAAAAGUUCACUGCAUGAAACUCAUCCUUGUAUUGCUCGAACACUGCUCAGCAUGGCUGAUGUGCUUGAAGAUAAAGAUCCUAAUCAAGCACUCGAUCAUUAUGCCUUAGCCCUAUGUAUUCUGGAACAGUCAACAUCACCUGAUCAUCGAGCAAUAUCUCAGUGUCUCACAUCGAUGGCAUGCUUGUAUAGCAAUUUUGAUAUGUUAGAUAACGCAUUACAAUGUCAACUCAAAGCACUUGAUCUCAACCGUCAAAUAUUGCCUUCAAAUCAUGCGUCUAUUGCAAACAAUUUAAGAAAUAUUGGCUUAUUUUAUCAAGCUAUGAACCAGUCGUCAGAAGCUGUUCGCUAUUUAGAUGAAAGCCUGUCGAUUUAUCGAGCCAACUACGGACAAGACCAUGAAUAUGUUAAGAGAGGUGAAACAGACAUUGUAAACAUCAAAAUCAAAAACAAUACUAUAUCAACGAGUAUCGCGCGCACUUCAUCGACAUUGGAUGAAGACAUAGAAGAGCAUGCUCAUCAUGGUCUUAAAUCGACAUCACCAUCUAUUCAGUUGAACUCAACGCCAUUACUUGAUCGUACGAAAACCAUCAAAAAGAGAGGAAGAACUCAUCGGGAUAGUGUAUGUGUCAUACAAUAA